AUGGCAGAUUCUUCAGAAACUCAUUCCUUGUCUAAAGAAGGAGCUUCCGAAUACGCUCCACAAGCUGACAUGACUGCUGGACAGUCGUCAACUACUGGUGCGAGCAAGAACCUUCAUUCAGCUCCUAUUUCACCGCCUGACUACGGGACGCAGGAUGGAUACGAGAUGCAAUCGCUGCCCCGAUUGGUCAAUCAGUCACCGGCUGCUCUUCCUGUCCCACCUCCACAAGUACAAGCUUAUGAAGAGCCAUUUAACUUCAACUUCUACAGGCCCAAGAAAGAUAUAAGAACAUACCUACUCUCUCUAGUCUUCCUUCUAGCACUAGCUCUUGUUGCCGUGGCAACCGUCUUCGGCGUCAAAUUCGCGAACUUGAAGCAACAAAUGAAAGAUCAACCAAAAGCACAAAAUACAACAUUGACGGUAUACUCCACGGACUCCACUUCUUUCCUCAGUACUUACACAUCGACUGCAUCAACAACGCUGUCAACCACGGCUUCUACUACAUUGUCGAAGACACUGUUGACAACACUAGUAGAAUCCUUCACACUGCCACCAGUAACAACAGUCUCCACUCAAACAGACUCAACCACUCUCUUGAGCACAGUAUCAACUACAGAAUCGACAACGUACUCGACUACAGACUCUAUUACACUAUCGAUGACUCUUACACAGUCUGUAACACUACCGCCGGUAACGGCAGUUUCGACUCUCGUCCAGCAAACCACUAUCGUCCAAAUCUCAACCUUACAAACCACCCUACCCACAGCCACCACACAACUGAGCACUGUAACAGCGACAUCUACUUUGUCCACAAUACAGCCGUCAGCGGUGUCAGCGUGUUGGGUCCUCCUGGAUGACAUCUGCAACAACUCUACUCAAGUCCCUCCAGAUUUGACUAACGAUGGCUUUGGAAACUGCUCAACGAUCUACCGAUUCUUCUACUGUGGCCUAAUCAACCAUCUAGAGGCUAUAGGUGACUUAAUCCUUCCAGCGGAUUCGUCACCUAUCUGCGGUGGAAUGAAAGAAUUCUGCAAUAGUAACGAAGCAAACAGCACAGAGGCAUUGGUCGAACCUCCCGCUCCACCUGAAAUUCGCAUCAUCUUGGCAUCCACAGGUAUCGAGCAGGUCUCUGGUGGGACAAAUACUACUACCUUAGCAAAGCUAGCUGAACAUACUUCAAUUUGACCUCUAUAACUAUGGCGCACGCCAUUACCCCUCAAUCCAUCGCAUUGUCAUUCUCCAGAAUUCGAACCGAACAGGUAGGGAAAUGUACGGCAAAAUAGGC